AUGACUACUGCGGACCGAAUACCGUCGUCACCAUUGUCAUCGCCCAAAAACAACUUGAUCAGAUCUUCGAAGGCACACUCGAAUGGCAAUGGUACUAAAAGUCUGGAGUUGAGUGUACCAUCCCAUUCACACUCACACUCACACUCACUGUCACACUCACGAAACCCUUCCAAUACCCAGUCGCAUUCCCAGACUCACUCGAGGUCUCACUCAAAUACAGCACAGGAGAAUGGCUCUGCUAUACCUGCCACAACGACUAAGGAUGUCAUCACGUAUAUAUUCCCAGACUUCCAUGCUGUCAAAUACUUCCAGAGGGAAUUCGUGAGCCAGAACGAAUUUCAUAUUGUGGAAGAAACCACCGAAUCUGGCUUUGAUAUAUACCUUGUAGAACAAUGGGUGAAUAACAGAAAAAUUGGGUCCAUUGUAUCGACAUAUACUGGGAAUUCGACCUCAACAGUCUCUGUCGUAAAAUUCACCGUGAUUAAGAAAUUAGCAAGGUACUACCCUACUAGAUUUCAAGAAUACUUGAAUGAAUUGAUGAUAAAUCACGCCAAAGUGAAAGUUAUUGAUAAUGUCCACAAGAGUGAGGUCUUGUUUGUUACCAAUUUAACUACUUUGCCCCCAAAUCUUAACCUCAUACCUAUUCAAAUCGGUGAUCUCAGAAGAAUAGAAGAAGAUUAUGUGAUAAAUUCCAACUUGAAGAAAUUACACUGUAGUGGGAGAUCCUUGUCUUUAAUUACUGAUAAAGUUUCAGUCGCCUCAGAGGAUAAAUUCAGGCAAAUGUAUAAGAUAUACAAUGUAAAGAUACCUGUAAAAUUUGCUAUCAAAGAAUUGAUUAAUUUGAUCCAAACAAGCUUAUUUUAUUUUGAUUUACUUGAUGCUAGGUAUUGUGAUGGCUUCUUAUGUAACAAGACUGAAGAAGCAAUUCUUAAUUGGUGGAACCUUAUUGGAUUACCUCAUUAUAGUAUUAAACCGAAUCCAAAGUAUGGAAUUUUACCUUCGAGGACCGUAGCUGCAAUCAUUAGUUUUAUUAUCAGUAUCAAAUUAAGAUUACACUUGGUUGGUGGAUGUGAUCCACCAAAGGAUCCAUUUGAUUUUGAAAAUUUCAUGAUUUCAAUAGGACAAUUUCAAAGGCAAUAUAAGAUCGAAAAGAAGAGAAAGCUUGACUUAGAGACUUUAAGUAAGUUGUUUUCACUCACAAAUCAGAUGAAUGGAAGUAGCAUCAGCAACAAUAGCAAUAACAACAAUGGGAGCCAUUUAGGUAAUUUAUCUGGUGGAGGCAGUAAUAGUGCGUUUGUAGAUGAUUUCCAAUCUUUGAAUCAUACACUUGAACUGCAAUUAUUGCCUCAAUCAAAAUUCACCAACCCAAGAUAUAAUAAUGCAAACAGUUCUACCCGUUCACUUCGCUCUAAUACCACAAAUAAUUCAAUUAAUAGAGGAAGUAAUUCGAAUGCGGGAGCGAAUGGAGUUGGUAGUAAUCUUGAUGGUGAGUUUGGCCGUCAUAAUAAUGGAAGUUCUACCAAUUUACAGACAUUCCAAAAUGUAGGUAAUGGGUCAUCAUUAUCUUCAUAUCGUAAGAAUAAAAAUUACUACAGUAAAGAAAUUAAGAAGUUGACUAAUGUGGUGAAAAGUACAGUGCAAGACCACAUUGGCGCUGUCAAUAGAGGCGGAGAUGAUGCCAAUUACUAUAAAAAUAACAGUAGUUCCAAAUCUAGUGGUAUCAAGAAGGUUUCUGAAUUAAGUCCUAUUGAAGUUGAGACUUUGGAUUUGGAAGUAUUGGUGAAGAACUUUUUGAUUGGAAAGAAAUUGUAUAGAUUAUGGAUUGGAACCAUUCAAAGUUUGGGGGAUCAGAAAAAAGAUAGGGAAAGUAGUCAAGUGUACUACCCAGCUCAUAAUAACAACCAUAAUUCAGCUUUGGAAAAUAAUAAACAAAUGUAUAGUUUUCAAAGUUUGAGGGACGAAAUUACUUCCAACCAAACAAUAUUGUCUUCGAAUGGCUCUAGGUUGGAAUUUUCAAGGUAUUCUAGAGGUCUUAAUAAAAUGAAGCUAGGUCUACAAGGGAGAAAGGGACAAAUUAUAAGACAGCAACUUCUUGAAAACAAUGUUAAUAAUCCUAACCUGACAACCAACAAUUCUCAUAGUGAGGCAGUGAAAAACUCAACUGCAUUGGUAGAUACGUUACUAGGAGUGAAAAGUGACGAUAACGGAAUCAAAGGUGGUCUUGGAUCUGCUUUGGAUUCUUCUGAUGCCGGAUUGAAUUUCAAGGUAGAUAAUAUCAUUAACGAUCACGUCGAUAAAAAGGAUAAUAAUAAUUUGAUUGAUUCAUUUUAUUUUGGAUUGAAUAGAAGAAAUUCUUUCCCAAAUAUUUACAAAAUUGGAGAGCUAAAUUUGAACAUGAUUGAAUUUGGGAAAAGACAGCAGAGCCAUAUUCAAGAGGCUGAAGAUGUAAAGAAGCUCAGUAAACAUAAUCUGCAUACGAAUCACGGAUCUAGCAGAAGAAAAAGUUCAUCUAUUGGGGAAUCACCUUUACACGAUACAGUCUCGCUCAAGUAUCGGGUCAGAAGUAAUAGUUUCUCCACUGUCGAGGAUUUUGUCCAUUCUACUCGUAACAGUAAUGCUCCAUUGGAAACGAUAGACAAGAUUUCCAUGAGCUAUUUAAAGUCGAUCUAUAAAUUAUCCAACUUUAGGACCUUGCGGGAUUUCACGAUUGAUCAAAGAAACGCAGAACCUUUCGCUACAUCCAUGACCGACGUCGAUGAGGUGAAAAUCAUGAAGUCUUACGACCAAUUGAAUCUUGAAUUAGUUAAGUUGAGCAAUGUCAACUCGAAGAUGCAAACUAAUAAAAUCAAGAUUGUUGACGAGGAUCUCUUGGGAAAUCUAGAUUACAAAAUUCAAGAUUUAGUUUCUAUUAUUGAUAGACUAAGCUACGAAGCCAGAAUUGUUGCUAAGAGAAUAAAUGAAUUGGAGGAAUCAUCAAAUUCAUUAGACUCAAACCUCACUGAACAGUGCGUCGAGAAAGUGAACUCAAUGAUUAACAUAAUCAUCGUUCUGGCUAAGUUUAAUGACACUUUUAGCAAUGUUGAAGAAAGAAAACAACUUUUGUUAAAAUUAACUGGCACUGAAGAGCCCGAGAUAUUAAAUCAAGAAACUCCAGACGCUCAAGUUUCAUACGAAUGCAGUGGAAUUUUUCAAUUCUUUAUUAUAUUUCUUUAUGAAAUCAUCUUUGGAAUUUUCCAAGUGCUUAAGUUUGACAGAAGUAGAAUGAACUUGGAUAGAAUAAGAGGAACGUGGGCCAAACUUGAUCCCAACAGAACUUACAUCGAGAAGGCCUACACUUUGAUUGGUAGGAAGCCAUCUAUGUCAGUACCUAAGAACGAAUAA